CUGGACCGGGCGCUGAGUGUGGAAGCUGGACAGAGGGAAGGAGAGAGCAGCCCCACCAUCUGGGAGAUGAAGCGGAGACUGGAGGGGGCCGAGAGGGCCAGCCAGCGGAGGCUCCAGGCCUACCAGGAGGGGCAGCAGCAACAGGCGCAGCUGGUCCAGAGGCUGCAGAGCAAGGUACUGCAGUACAAACAGAGAUGUGGGGAGCUGGAGCAGCGCCUGGUGGAGAGGACGUCUGAGUGGGAGCACCAGAAGAUGAUGAUGCAGACCAAGCUCCAGUCCGCUGAGCUGCAACUGCGCCAGUCAGAACACGCGUUCAGCUCAGACUUGGAAGAAGCCCUCACGCGCCUGGAAGAAGAAGAACAGAGGAGUGCGAGCCUUUCCCAAGUGAAUGCUCUUCUCCGGGAACAGCUGGAACACAUGCAAACCUCCAAUAAGAGGCUGACUGAAGAGCAGGAGAAGUUGAGCAGCAGCAUGAACAGGCUGAGGGAUGAGCUGGAGCAGAAAGAACUCCGCUGGUGGAAGGAGAAAGAGAGCUCUGAGGCACUCUUGUGGAAAGAACCAAGAGGGAUCCUGAUUCUCUGGAGACAUGCUGUGGUCCUCCGGAGCAACUUUGCAGAACUCCAAGCAGCCACUGAGAGAGGUCUAACGGAUAUGAAGUCGGACCUAGCCAGGACCGCGCGCAGGCUGCACACUGCGUGUCUCAAUCUCGACUCCAACCUGCGCCUGUCUGACAGCAAUGUGCUUUCCUCUGUGGAGAAACAGGCCCGCUACAGCGCCCGGUUGGAGCAGCAGCUCCGGGACAAGGUGCGAGAGAUGAUCCAGUUACAGAGCCGCUGGGAUGGUGAAAAAGUGGAGCUCAACUCCAGGCUCGCAGAGCUGACUCUGCUAAGAGAAAGGCUCCAAGAACAAAAUGCUAAGAAAGAGAAGACCAUCUCUGCCCUAAAACUGGACAUUCAGAAGCUAGAAUCCAUCCAAACUGGAGAUCUUCUGGAGGCGGAAAACUGGAAGGAGGAAGUGGAAUCUUUACAGCGGGUUUUAAACCACAUCACAAAGUUAGUUCUCACCGACGCUGAGUUUGUAGAUCUUCCCUCAGCAGAGAACAGAAAGGGUGGAGGGCAAGAAGAUCCUGGAAGACAGCCAGCCCCUCGGAGCUCCGGCUCCCCUCCUCCACAGCAGGCAUCCGGGGCCCGGCCCUACUCCCCGCUACAUCAGGAUGCAGCUCUGCAGGCUGUCCAGAGAGCUCUCCAAAAGAGACGUCAACAGGAACAGGAACUGCGGCUACAGCUGGAGUCCUCUCGGGCCACCGUGACAAUGCUCCACAAAAAGCUGGCCGAGCGUCAGAGGGAGGCUCAGGCUGCACAGCUGCAACUACAGGAGCAGAGACAAGAGCGAGAAAAACUUCUGGUCAAGCUAGAGGACCAGAGGCGAGACCUGGAACGCUGCAAAGCCUCUGAAGAGAUAUUGGGAAGGGAAAAGGAGGCCUUGCAGACCAGGAUGCAGGAUCUGACUCAAAGAGCGGAUCUUUCCUCCCUGGAAAUAGAAAGACUCAAAGCCACCAACACAGAAUUGCAGAGGCACCAGGGUCUCUUGGAGCAGCAGGAAGAGGAGAUGUUGAGGAAAGAGGAGAGGAGUCAGAAGGAGUUGGAAGCAGGCCAGAGGAGCCUGAAGCAAUUAGAGGAGAAGAUCUCCGGCCUGAAGCAAGAGCUGGUGACGGUGAAGGAGUCCCUGAACCAGGCAGUCCUGGAGAAGGAGGUCCUGGAGAGCCAGAAGGAAGGUCUUCGCUGCUCUCUCACGCAGGUAGAGGCCAGCAGCGCCCAACUAGAGUCACAAAUCACCAAGAUGAGAACUGAAGACACAGAACGAAGAGACUCCUUGGUCAAGAUGGCAGCCCUGACGGAGAGCCUGGCUCAAGACAAGGUCAACCUGAAUCGGAUGAUCCUCCAGUUGGAACAGGAGAAGAACCAGUGGCUAGACCAACAAUGGCAACUAGAACAAGAGGUGAGCCGCCUUCGGAAUCAGCUUGCUCAUCUGGGCCAGGAGCUGGACCACAUCCAGAGGGAGAAGCAGGGUCUAGAUCAAAGCUUGCAGAUGGCAGAGGAGGAAAGAGGGAACCUGGAGGAAGAGAUGACACUGCUUCAGAGAGAGAAAGUCCAGCUUCAUGAACGACUUAUGCAGGUAAGCUGUCAGAAGCAUACUUUGGAAGGACAACUAGACCACAGCAAGCAAGAGAUAAAGAUGCAAGCUGACACUCUCCAGCAAACCAUACUAGAAAAAGAAGAAAUAUCCAAGGAAAAAAUAAGACUUGUGACGGAACAGACAUCCUUAGAAAGACAGAAUCGAGUCCUGGUAGAGGACAGGGCUGCUUUCAGGGCUGAGAAGGAGUCCCUGGAGAACAGCCUCUUCUCAACCCAGCAGCGGGUGGUUCAGCUGGAAGCCCAGAAGGAGCAACUGGAAGAGGAGCAGCAAAAUCUCCGCCUCUCCAAGCAGGUGCUCCAAGUGGAAGUGGAAAGAGCCCAAAAUGAACUGGAGGUUCAAGAGACCAAGAUGAAGUGGGAGUCAGAACUGCUUAAGCAGCAGAUGGCUCAGCUCCAGGAAGACACUCAGCUUUCCCUCAGGAACCAGGCACUGGCCCAUGGAGAAGACAUAGGACGCCUGAGAAAAGAGAAGGAGAGUCUGCGCCUGGCAUUGACUGAAGAGAAAGAGAUUGCUGUACAUCGACUCGAACAGGAAAAAGAAGAAUUGCUUUCAAAAUAUGAAGCUGAGCGAGAAAACCUAAAUGAAGAAAUCCUCCGCCUGAAACGGGAGCGAGAUGAAAGCCUUCUCCAGAUGGAACAUGAGAAGCAGCAGGCCUUAUCUCAAAAGGAAACUGAGAAAAAAAUGUUGUAUGAGGAGCUCAUUGAAGCCCAGCGAGAACUGGAGGAUUCCAAGCUGGAGGCUGACCGAGUGAAACAGCACGCUCUGAGUCAGCAGGAGAAAGACAAGGAAACAGUGACCAGCAUCAGCAAAGAACUGAAGGCCUUCCAGGCUCAGUUUGAAGCCUCGAUGGCCACCCACCAGGAAGAGGCCAAGGCCUUGAAUGAGCGCAUAAAGGAACUAGUCAGAGAAAAGAGCACUGUGGGUCAAGAGGUGGAAGAGUUCAGAAAUCAACUCCUCCGGGCGGAGGAAAGUGAGGAACGGACGCGCAGGGAGCUGGCUGAGCUUCAGCGCGAGCUUCAGGAGGCCCGGGAGGCCCGGGACCUCGAACGCAAUGAAAUGGCAGCCAUCCGCCGAACCCUGGAGGACGAGAUCCGGGAGAAGGACACGCUGCAGCAAUCCAACGCGGAGCUUCGCGAGGCCGUCAAGAAAGUCGAGCAUGAAAAGAUCAGUUUUAAGCGGGCCAAAGAGGAGAAGGAACAGAAGCUCAUCCUAUUGGAGGAGACCAAAGCUUCUGUCCAGAAAGAAGCUGGGGAGCUCAGAGCGACCCUUCGAGAGGUGGAGAGGUCGAGGAUGGAGGCCCGGCGAGAGCUGCAGGAACUUUGGAGACAGGUGAAGACCCUGGAAGGGGAGAACGAGAAGAAAUGCAAGGAAGUAGGUGACCUCCAGGCCCGGGUUAUGCAGGAGGAGCAGCGGGCGCAGCGGGCACAGCAGCAAUCUGCGGAGCUGCAGAAGAAGGUCGUGGAGACACAAGCCAGCUGGGAGCGGGCUCAAAAGGAGACCCUCAGCCUGCAAAGGAGACUGGCAGAGGCCGAGUCAGGAAGCCAGGUCCGGGAGACGGAGCUGAGGGAGAGCCUCCAGGAGUGCCGCGGGAACGAGAAAAAGCUCCACGACGAGCUCCGUAAUCUGGAGAUGAAGCUGAAGCAGGUGUGUGCAGACGCCAUGGACUCCCAGAGGCGCCUGAGCGCAGCCGACGGCCGGAUCCACGGCCUGGAGCAGGAGCUGGACUGGGCCACACGGGCCAGGAGGGAAACCGAGGCCACGCUGAGCAGGCUGCAUUCGGUCCUGCGCCGGACACUGGGCCUCAGCCCAUCACCCGCAAGGGCUCCCUCCCCAGCCAAAGGGUUCGAGAGCCCUUCAGCGGCAGACAGAACAGAGACUCCGGCCUCUCAGCCGGGAUCCCCAGAACGGAGCCAGGCCGGGUCUCCACUCCGCUGGCCCUCUCCCCCACGAGGGAGCCCCGGCCCCACGGAGAUGGAUGUCGGAGUCGUUCGCGAGGCCUUGAGAGAGCUCCUGCAGAACCUUCGGGAUGCACAAAGAGAGAGGGAUGACUCACGGGUCCAGGUAGUGAACCUGAACUGUCAGCUGAACGAGCUGAAGGCUGACCUUGACCAGAGCAAGACUCGCAUCCUGCAGCUGCAAAAGUCUCUGGCAGAUGCUGAGGAAGGCAAGCGAGGUGUAGACGGGCGCCUCACGAGCGCCCAGACUGCCUUGAUGCUGCAAGAAGAGACCAUCCGGCAGGCGGAGAGGGAGCAUCAGGAGUGCUCCGAGCAGCUGUCUAUGUUGGAACACAACAUCCACAUGAGCCAGGAAGAGAAAAGAAGCUUGCAGGAGAAGCUCAGCAGACUGAAGGCCAAGGAAGCCAGGCUGGACUCAGAAAAGUGGAAACUCAAGGAAGCCUUGGAGGCCUCUGAGUGCCGAGCCAUCAAGCUGGAGCUGAGCCAGCAGGCCACCCAAGAGCAUCUUCAGCGGGCGCAGAGGAGUCUGAGCAGCCGGGAGGUCGAGGUCCAGGCCUAUCGCGAGCAGGUGCAGGGGCUUGGGGCCCAGCUGGAGGAGAGCACGACCAGACUGGCCUCCCGGCAGCAGGAGCUCGAGCAUCUGAGCCACGAGCUGGCCAGGACCGAGGAGGCAGAGAGCCACCUCAAAGAGCGUGUGCAGAGCCUUACCCAGGCCCUGGCCGAUGCCACCAGCAGUUCCUGCGGCCUCCAGGAGGAUGUGGCCCAUCUCCGCAAGGCGCUGGCAGCUGCCGAACAUGACCGGCGGCUACUGCAGGAACAUCUGGACUCUGCCCGCCAAGCCCUGGGUGACAGCAAGAGACACAGCCACAACCUGGCAGAAAGGAGUAAGCGACUGGAGAGCCAACUGGCCCAGUUGGAGAUGAGGAGCCGGGACCUGGAAGGGCAGCUGGAGCAUCUGCAGAAGAUUGUGCACAGACAGCGACAAAGCAAGGAAGAGGCCUUAGCUUCGGCCCAGAAGUUCCAGAGGGAGAAUCAUGCCCUGCAGGAGAAAAUUUCCACCCUGCAGAGAGCUUUGAGCCGCCUGGAGAGAGAGCACAAGGAGAUGGAGCGGUCGGCCAUCCAGCUGGAAAAGGAUAACAGUGCUCUAAAGAGAACACUCUGUAAGGUAUCGAGGAAAGCAGAGACUGGAAGGCGCCUGUAAGACAAGAUCUAGGUUGGAUCCCACACCACGUCCCGGGCCAGGCUGCCAAGGAGCAGAGGAUGGAGCCAUGGCAGUGUGGCCGUCCAGUGGUCAUCCCGUGCUCAUGGGGCUCCGCCAACUAUUAUCUCAUGGGACUGAAGUUCACAGCCUCCUCAGAAGGGAGGCAUUGUCCCCACUUUAAAAUGAGAAAACUGAGGCUUACAGACCUAGGACCAGAACCCAGAUUUUCUGCUCUUGAUCUGUCCUUUCUCUUUAGAGAAAAAAAUUUAGACCUGUAUGGUCAUAGUGGUUAGAGAAAGAGCAUUGGGUUUAAAGUCAUUGACCCGAGUUUCAAUUCUGCCUGUUCCCUCCAGCCACAUGGCCCUGUCCAAGUCAUUUCACCUCAGUUUCUUUGGUUAUCAAAUGGAGAUAAUAACUGUAGCACCUACCUCACAGGGUUGUUGUGAGGCUCACGUGAGAUACUGUCUGUCAAAUGUGCUAUAAAUUCUAA